AUGCCCCCUCGUCCAGCAAAAGGUCGCGCUGCGCAGUCGUUUGUCGCGGCUCGCGGGGCACCCGAAAGUCUGCAGAGUUUCUUGGGUGGAAUUGCUUUGCCUGCGCAGAGUGGCGCCGAUGAUGCUGCCAUGAUUGAAGUGAAUCUCAAACUACUGCAGAAGAGCCACGAGACCACAGUGCUGAAGGCCUUGACGGAGUUAAACCGGCAGGUCGCUGUUGUGCCGGAGUGGGAACUUCUCUCAUAUCUCCCAGUCAUUGUGGAGGCCGUCAUUCGCCACGCCGAACACCCCAACGCCGCUGUGCGUGCCGGUGUGUUUACACUUCUUCACGGUGUUGUGCAGCGAGGGGAGGAGCUGCGGCGGGAGUUGCUGCAGCGAUUGCCGUCACUCGCUGUUGUGUGGGUGGCACGCAUGAAUGAUAUGGAAACUUCCGUGCGAAAAGAUGCUCGUGAUGCAUUUAAUGCCGCAUUUAGCCCUGAGAUUCUGCAAAAAUACGCAGAUGUCAUUGUGGAUGGUCUCAUUGACGCGUAUAAGGAGGUAAUUGAAGAAAGUCGUGGAAAACCUUUACAAGAUGAUAACUUGGAUAAACGAUCUAAUGCCAUUUAUUCUUAUGUGUGUGCAUUAGGGUAUAUGAUGCGGCAACCAGUUGCGGCACGAGAAAAAAUUAUUACUUUUGUAGAGAAACAAUCGUUGCUUCCUAUUAUGCCUUUACAUGAGGGUAAUGUAAAAGGUAAUUUGGUAGCAAAAACACCAGUCGUACGUUCCUCAUCGUUAUCAUUAUUACGAGAUAUUGUUGAUUCUGGACUUCUUACCCCUCAAAUACACCGUUGUAUCUCAACAGCCCUUUAUGAUGCUAUGAAGGAUGUUGAUGUUGUUGUGAUAAGACGUACAUGGGAACUUCUCUUGCUAUGGUGUGGAGAUAACGCUCAGACUACUAUUGGGUACUUUCAUGAUGGAUUUCUCUCUAGUAUUAUUGAUAGUUUCAUGCGUUGCGAUGAUCCAGCCGUGGCUGAAGUAAUUUAUCCUUCCCUUGUUCCACUCCUUGUACCUAUUACUCGUGACCCACGCUGCGCUAACGCUGCUGCUGAGUUUAGUGACGCCCUUGUGCAAAAGUUGAGUCAUCUUGUGAAUGCAGGUGUACAGGAGUGGGGAUUGGUGCUCUCCGCCGUGAUGCGGCUGUGGGAACUCCUCUGUGUGCGCACAGCCCGUCAUGAACAAGAACAACAAAAACAAGAAGGAGGAGAAAAAGAAAAGGAAGGUGAAAUGAAGUGUGUAAGAUUAUUUCGUCAAAUUAUCACAACGUUGUCUACUACUAUAAAUACACCAGCGCAACAGUCACGUUACCUGCAGAUCACCAUAUCGGUGGUAGCACAAAGUAUGACACGUGUUGCUCGUCAUCAAGAGUACUUUAGCGAAUGUGUGCGCACUUUGUGUGAAGAUCCUGAUGCUUUCUUUUCUCAGCAUUCAUCUCAACAGAGUGCCGCUGUUAAAGAAAGUUUUAACAUGAUUCAAGCAGGAGUUAUGGGAUCUAUUGCUUCUAUGCCUAGUGUAUCAACGGAGGUAGAACAAUUAAUUGAAAAAUAUACACUUGGUAAGCUUUGGAAACCUCUUCUGCAGUUUCUACGUAUUUCUCUCAGUAAUAAUAAAGCUAACAAUGGUACCUAUUUUAUUCCCUCUAAGACCACUCAAUUUAUAGUUGCAAGAGGUUUAAUUGAGGCCAUUUCUUUCAGUACUAUGAAGAAAGAGGUAAAGGGAAAAGAAGAAAAAGAAGGAGUGAAAAAUGAAAAUGAAAUUCGAGAAGAUUCUAAUGUAGCAUGUUUUGAAGAACUUCUAUCGCUUGUGUUGGAGUGGAAUAAUGUUGAAAUUCGUGAUGAAGUGCAAAGGUUGGUUAGUAACAUGGAUGAUGAACUAGAGUGGGUACAAGGGAGUAUUCGGAAACAUGAUAUGAAAGACCCUGAACGAUUAAUGUCUGUAUUCCUGCAAGCAUGUGAGGAUUCUGAUUUUCGUACUCUAGAGUGUUGCGUCAAUGCGUUUGAAAGUCAGCAACGGGAGAUUCCGCCAACAGAGAAGGAACGACUUCGGCAUGCCGUGCAGUUAUCACUCCAGAAAACAUUACGUCUUAUUGUUGCUGAGACUGAAGAAGAACACGUAUCACGUGAUGGCGCCAAAUCAACCAACAGCAAUAAAAGUAGUGAUGAAUCAAAUGAUAACUCUGCAGAAGAAGAUGAAGAAGAUGAGUCAGAAGAGAAGGACAAGAACAAGAGUGAAUCUGAAAGUGAAGAAGAAGAAGAAGAUGAAGAAGAAGAAGAUGAGGAAGAUGAAGAUGCAAAUGAGGGUGCAUUGGUAUUAGAGCGACUCAUUACGUGGUCUGAUCUUCUUCGAAAAGAUGCACGUUUGGCUAUUCUACUCAACUUCAGCAGUGAUGACUUUGAACUACCAAUAUUGUUUCGUAUAGUGGCUGCUGUUUCUCCACAAUUACAUGCAGAACAGUACAUGUCCAUUAAGGCACUCCGUGUUGCUCUACAGGAAACGGGAGAUCCGCUGCUGCUUGCAAUGUCGCGGAAAACACAUUCGCUUGGUGUUAGUCAAUUCAAUCUGAUGAUUGAACACAUAGAGGAAUGGUUGGAUUCACAUGAGGUGAGUGUGGAGCGUCGCGAUACGGCAUCGUUGGAGCUCUUUGAUGAAGUUAUGCGAGAUCCAUCCUCUGCUCUCGCAGCGUGUGGACAACUCACACGUUUGUUGCCAUUUGCCUCCAGUAAUUUACUGCAAGGUAUUGCGUGUAGUGCGGAAUUGUGGUCUGAGAAUGAAGUGCGGCUACGAGAGAGUAAAACAUCUGCAGAGGAUGUGCCGUUUGCCAUGCUGGAUAGAUAUUGUUCAUUGGAGAUGAUGGAAUUAUCUCUGCUGCGAUGUGUACGAACGGCACAACUCGUACAUUUACUUGGCGUUUCGGUUCCAAUUGAAACAUGUGAUGCGGUGACGGUGACACUUCCAUUGUUGAGAGCUGCACGUGUACAAGAGACGAUGGCGGAUCCUAUACGAAAACUACUAAUGACAAAGUUACUACCACGUGCAUUACUUCGUCUUAACUCAGAGAAAGAAAUUCUAUCACUUUUAGCAGGAGAUGCAGAGCCGCAUCUUCUUAUUUGUACACUUGCUGGCGUUAUUCGUGAUGUGUUAACACAUGCGAAUGAUGCUCUUGUGGAGAAUGCGCGGUGCAUUGCAAGUGUAAUCACAGAGUGGAUUGUGGAUGCGCUUUUCUUCCACAAUGAAAAGAAUAAUAAUAAUAAUAAUAAUAAUAAUAAUAAUAACAAAAAGUCGGCACCUAUGCAUCCUGCAGCUGUAGCAGCGUAUCGUGCCUUCUUUGCUUCUCUUGAUGAGGCAGCCGAUGUAAUUGGAGCUUCUAUUCUCUCUACUGUAGGGGCUCGUGCAGGAGCGGCACUGCAGGAGGCUAUGUGUAUGUUACCUACACUUGAUUUACGUCAGGCACUACUCACAAUGACUCUUCAUCGUCAUCUCAAUAAUGCACCUGUUGUGGUCGCUAGCACUGUGCAUCAAGUCAUCACUUACGCACGUUCGCAGCGACCACUAGACGCGUUGGAACUCCUUUCAGAGUUUAUCUCCAGUCGUAUUAAUGAUGCCGCUGCAUAUACAGAGCUUGUACACGAUAUCACACACAUGUUAGCACGGUGCUAUAGAUUACGUCACAUGCCACCAAAUGGACGAUUAGUCACACAAGCCGCUAAUGAUGUUCCCAUCUCAUCAAGGGAUCUUCGUCGUGUUGUUGUCUCUGCUGUAUGUGCACGUCGUGGAGUUAAUUUGCAUGGUCGCAUAGAUGAUGUACUGCGCAGUUCUGUGCAUCUCGUUUUAUUUGAUGCGGUGGCAGAGUGUGUGGUAUCACUGCGCCAAACGAAGGAAGAGGAAGUGCCGCUUGUGACGAAACUCGUCGCCUUCACAUCUAAUUGCCUUAGUGAGUUAGUGACAUCAGAUGUUUCUGUAUUGCGUGCCUCUGAGGUGAGUGUGACUAAAGUGGCAAGUGUGAUGAAUUUCGCCUAUCAAUGGCUUUGUGUCACAUCUAUCGCAAGACUUGAAAAUAUUGGAAUGGAUAAUGUUACGAGUGCUAUUCGAGCAGUGACGUUAUUAUCAAAUUUAACACUUAUGCGUUCAAGUUUUGUUCUACUUCCUAUAAUGCGUCAAAUUACAUCCAAACGUACAUUAAAAAAUUUACGUAAUGAAUUUUGUGUAAGAUCUCCAGUAAAAGUUAAUGUGUUUAUGCGAAAUACGGCUAUUAUUGCAAAAACCAAUAAACAGAAAUUAGCAUUAUUCCCUCAUUUACUUGCGUGGUGUAUUACACUCAGUGGUCCUAUUCAUGAUAGUAUGACAAGAGAACAACGUGAAGAAAUAUUUCAUCUUCUUGAUCUUCUCUGUUCACUUUUACUGACUUCUGCAGUACCUGGAAAUAAACGACUGGAUGGUACAUAUCUCUGUACAUCUGUGAAACUUUCUGGUGAAAAUCUUGGAUUUGAGACGGCUGCUUUAACACGUCCUAAUGCGUCUAAUCCAAUGAAAGAAUUAGCGAAGGGAGCUGCAGCUGUUUUUGCACUUUUAUUGCAGGGUAAUACGUUAUCCGUUGUUAAGAAUUGGCUUGAAACUAUUGAACGAAAAUUACAGGAUUCUUUCUUUACCUUUGUGGAAGAGCAUGUAUCACCAUUCCUUAUUCAAGAGAGUCUUCUCACAGUACUUGGUAAGAGUCCAUCAGGAGAGACUACAUUUGAUGUGAAUGAAAAUUACACGGUUUCCGUGAGUCUUGCAAAACACCUUAUCACCUUAAAAUAUACCAUGGAGGAUGCCAGUGUAACUGUAAAGAUUACAUUCCCAUCUGCAUUUCCCCUGCGACUACCAACAGUUACAUUUGAAAGUGGUCGUGACUGCGGUGUAUCGACGGAACGGUGGCGGGCGUGGAUGCUUAAAAUGACAGUUCUCCUUUUUGGCGGUUCUGCCAAUGUGUGGGAGUGUGUCACUCUCUUUGGUCGCAACAUGGAUGCACACUUUGCUGGCCACGAGCCGUGUCCAAUUUGUUUUGCGGUUGUCUCUGCGGUGAGCCACCGGCUGCCGGAUAUGCGAUGCGCCGUCUGCCGCAACUCUGCCCUGCACUCCGAUUGUUUAUACGCAUGGUGGGCAAACAGCGGACAAACCGUAUGCCCACUCUGUCGUUCACCAUGGGUAGGGAACUAG